GCUCCCUUUCCUCGUACCGCAGCCACCUGGCACCGUGUUCAGGGACAGGCAAGGGAAGGGAUACCGUAAUGCUGACCAUCGGAUCGCCUCGGGUUAUAGCUUCGACAGUCCAUCCCCGAUCGCUUUACAGUUACAGCUUUCCGGCAACAACAUUCUUUUGCAACAAAACUCACAUUCAUUAUCCACAAUGGACUCAUUCACAAGGAUCGUCGCUCGAGGCGACGAGGAGAAGGACAACAACAAGACGGUUGUUAACAUCCUGAUCGCCCUUCUCGUUCUCGUAUUCGUCGGCCUCGUGGCCUUUGCGCUCCUCGUCCUGCUGCGGAGGAAGCGGAGACAGAGGCAGAUGAUGAACGAGACGCUGCCCCAGUACCAGGACGUCAAGCGGACGGGUAACCACCGGCGACUCACUAUCCAGACUGGCAACGGCCGGUCAAGCGUCAUCGUCGUCGACAACAACGGCCAACCCAUGUUGGCAAACCCCCAGUCGCCACCUCACUCCCCAGACAACGUUCCCGAGAUCCACAUCACGUUUCCCGAUGAGCAGGACGACCAGGGCCGGCCAAAGAGCGGCCGGGUGGUGGUCGUCAGGGUCGGCGAGACCAGUGUCGGCCUCGAGCCUCUGGACGACGAGCAGUUGCCCGCCUAUGAGAAGGAGAGCAAGACGCAAUUUUACUCCAUUGACAUGGACAAGAUUGGCGGGCUAAAAGAGAAGGAAUUCCAGUAGGGCGCCACAUGAGCCAGGCAUUUGAGCGACUUCCUACGGGGACCCAACGAUCUUUCUCCUUCGACCAGCCAGCGAGCUGGCAAUCCUUACGACUUGAUGGGCGUGCGGCGUUGCGAUGAACGGACAGGGACACGAAAAGAGAUACCACCAUACACGCGCCGGCCACUACCUUCUUCUACUUCUAAUUCGCGUGUUUCGGCGUCCUACCC